UUCCAGAUGAAAUGAGGAAGGAGAAACCUCUCGUACGUUCUCUCGUUGGACAUCACGUUGGAAUAAAGGGCGCUCUCAUGAAAGCGCGUGGAAACGAUGUGACGCGACACAACGCGAUCGGCGAGAGAGAAGCGCCGAUCUUACAAACGAAUGCACACACGACAUCUCUUCCGUUAUCGCCGUUAUCAUCUAUCGCCAACGAGGAGCGAGCGAGGGAGGCGAGGAAUAGGCGAAGCGAUUCAUCGGGAGGAAACGAAGCGUGGCCGCGGUUGCAGCACGCGGUGGGCCAGGAAAAUCACGCUCGACCUCCGGCCCUGACCCACGGAGUCCCGCAGUAGCAAAGACGCCAGACUAAAGACGAGAUCUUGACUGUGCCCUUCGGUGGCGGCGCGAUGAACAUUCACAUUGACCACUAGCCAAGGCAUGCGAGAUAACUUCGUGCGAAUUAACUCUUUUAAAUGCUACGUCUGGCACAUCAAUUUUCGUCAAAUUUGAACAUUAGAUAAAAUUCUAUCUCAAUAUAAUCAGUGUCGCGUUAAAAUAAAAUUCAGAAAUAACAAA